AUGAGUUCAGAACAUGGAGUUGAGAUAUCCUAUUCUUUGGCAUGGGAUGCACGUGAGUAUGCAAUCAACAAAGUGAAAGGCCUUCCAGAGGAAGGCUAUGAAAAAAUUCUCAAAUACUUGCACAUGAUGAGGGAAGCUAAUCCAGGGUCACACACGUCUUAUGAAAGGGAUUCUAAAGGGAGAUUCAGAUUCCUCUUCAUCUCCUUUGGUCAGAGUCUUCACGGUUUCUAUGUUGCAAUUCAGAAAGUUAUUGUUGUGGAUGAGACGUUCUUGAAGAGCAAAUACAAAGGGGUAUUACUGGUUGCUACUGCAUUAGAUGGAAACUCGGAUUUAUAUCUUAUUGCAUUUGGAGUUGUCGACUCAGAGAACGACCUUGCGUGGAACUGGUUUGUGAGACAACUUAAUGCGGUCAUUGCUGACGAGCAUAGUUUAGCUUUUGUGUCUGAUAGGAAUUCCUCGAUUGCUAAAGCUAUUGCUAACGUGUACCCGCAAGCUCAUCACGGAAUUUGCAUUCACCACUUGCUGAAUAAUGUUGUAACAUAUUUUAGUGGGAAAGGUGUGGAUGGUUUGGUUGCAAAGGCUUCUAAAGCUUAUCGAGCUGAUGAUUUUUGUAAGCUGUUCACUGCUAUUUACUCUAUUAGUCCUGAAAUUGGAAAUUAUCUCAUAGAAGCCGAUGUGAGGAAGCGGGCUCGUUGUCAAUUCCCGGGUUACAGGUAUGAUAUCAGCACUACUAACCCUGCGGAGUCGAUAAAUUCUGCUUUGCGUACGCCUAGAGAGUUUCCAAUAAUACCUCUAAUGCACAGCAUUAGGGAAAUGAUGACUCGAUGGUUUUUCCAACGUAGAACUUUAAGUUCUAAGCACUCGAAGCCACUGACCAUUGCUGUGGAGAAGAAGAUUGACAGAAGGAUUGAUAAGGGUAAAAAGUUUAAGGUCUUCCCAAUUAGCGAUGACAGGCACGCCAUAAAAGCAGGCUUCAGUGUUGGAAUACAAGCACACACACUCACGGAUGACAUAUACACUACUGCGUCAUGGCGCAUGGCUUAUGAAGAAAGCAUAAAUCCUAUUGGUGUCCCUGAAGAUGCUUGGACUGUUCCAUCUCAUGUGGAGCAGACGAAAGUCCUUCCUCUAGAGUCUAGACGAGCUCCAGGUAGAAGAAAGAAACGCAGAUACGAGACAGCCGAAGAUAAGAUCCGUUCGUCACAAGGAAAUCAAGGCUCUAAAGGUCGCAAAUGCAGCCGAUGUGGGAUUCGAGGGCACGAUAGGAGAACAUGUGAUCGAGCAAUAUAG